CACGAGAAGUUUCUUCAGAGUUUGCUGCUGCUGCAAAUGCAGAAUGUGAUUCAGGGCAGUUACCAGACAAGCAAAAUUCAUCCUGUAGUAAUGUCCACAAAUGUGGAGUUUGUGGGAAGGCGUUUUCCCGAAAGUCAGACUUUACGGUUCACCAACGUAUACAUACAGGUGAAAGGCCAUACAAGUGUUCAUAUUGCGCCAAGGGUUUCUGCCAGGCUUCCAUGGUCCGUAGACAUGAGAGGACACAUACAGGGGAAAAACCGUAUCAAUGUACAGACUGUAACAAGUCCUUUUCUCGUUCAACAUCUCUCUUGAUCCACAGGAGUAAGCAUACAGGAGAAAAGUCAUACCAGUGUAAUUGUGGAAGAACAUUUAGCAGUAGAGUACUUCUUCAAAGGCAUCGCCAUACCCAUAUGUUUGACCCACACCAUUGCAAGAUUUGUGGGGAAGUAUUCAAGAACCAGUUGGAUCUUCGGGUGCAUAGAAGCAGCCAGCAUCCUGAAAAGUACUACAAUUGCUCCCAGUGUGGAAAAUGUUUUACUCGCCUGCACUUACUUAAAAACCACCUAAAGAGACAUGUAGAGGAUCAUGCUAAGAAAAACACAAGGACAGCCAAGAAAACAUCUAGUGACCUACCAGAAAAACCUCACAAAAAAUUAGAUGCUAAACAACCCAAACUCGCAGACAUAAAAGUUACUAUGAAGAACCCUAUGACUCCUGUAAGAACUGAAACAUGUCCCUCGGUCUGUGCAGAAUGUGGUAAGACGUUCACCAACCCUACUGCAUUGCACAAACACCAGCUAAUCCAUAAGCAAGGAUCUCUCAUAUGUGCAGAGUGUGGGAAGACUUUUGUUCGAAAGUCUGACUUGACAGUACAUUUACGGAUACAUUCGGAGGAAAGACCAUACAAGUGCUCAUACUGUGAAAAGGGAUUUUGUCAGACAUCUAUGUUAAGACGUCAUGAAAGAACACACACAGGGGAAAAGCCAUAUCAGUGUUCAGACUGUGAUAAAUCUUUCUCUCGUGCUACGUCCUUGCUUAUUCACAGGAGCUCCCACAUCAAAGACAAGCCAUUUAGGUGCAAAUCUUGUGACUCAACUUUCUCCAACACCACUCAGCUACGCCAGCAUACCAAGACACACAGAUUUUCUUCACUCCCCCAGCGUGAUAGGUGCAACAAAUCCAGAGAUGAGAUGUAUGUCUGCAACAUGCAUUGCUCUGUUCAAACCAGCGAAGACCCCUUCCUUUGCUCUGACUGUGGGAGAACUUUCAGCAGUGACUCAGGUCUCCAGAGACACUUGCUUACCCAUGUACAGCAGCCGUUUCCUUGUAAGGUCUGCGAUGAAGUCUUCAAUAGCCGCUUUGAUUUUCGGAUACACCAACGCAGUCAUCCACCAGAUAGACCAUUCAUUUGCGCCCAGUGUGGUAAAUGCUUUCCCCGUCUUAAUCUUCUUCGCAUCCACCAGAAUACUCACACAGGUAACCGACCCUAUGAAUGUUCACUUUGCAAAAAGACAUUCUCAGACCCAUCCACUUUGAGACAGCACCACCAGAGACAUCGAGGAGUGAAGUUCUCCCCAUGUAAAGAGAAACAUAGUGAAACACUACAGGAAAAUGUUAAGCCUCCUGUGCUCAUUGAAGAAUGUCACUCAAUAUGUCCUGAGUGUGGAAAAGCAUUCAACAGCCCUACUGCUCUUCAGAAACACCAGCAAUCUCAUGAGAAAGAGUCACUUCUCUGUGCAGAGUGUGGCAAAAACUUUGCUAGAAAGUCAGAUUUAACAGUGCACUUGAGAAUACAUACAGGUGAGAGGCCUUAUAAGUGCUCAUAUUGUGGGAAAGGGUUCUGUCAGGCCUCCAUGGCACGCCGGCAUGAAAGGACCCACACAGGCGAGAAACCUUACCAGUGCUCAGACUGUGACAAAUGCUUCUCGCGCUCCUCUUCCCUUCUAAUCCACAGGAGCAAACACAUAGACCUUCUCCAACCCAAGCCAGCUGCACAUGCACCUUAA